GGAGCAGCUUCAAGUCAGGAGAGUGCCAGUGGUAAUUAGCCAUAAUCUGCUGUUCUCCCAGAUCUUCUGAGACGUUUUUUUCUGUAAGUCUCUCAUGUGUUAAGGUGAAAUAAUACAUAAAUAUUUGAGAAACUUCUAAGCUUAGGACUCCCUUUUUCUUCUCUGUUUUUGUUUUGUUUGAAACUUACUAUCAAAUGGGAAAGGGUUAGAGAAGCAAGAGCUGAUACAGUUCUUGAAGUAGGAAGAAGCUCGGUAUUUCCAGAUAAAUGUUAUUGGUUUUAUAAUGUAGCAACCUUAUCUUUAUUUUGGCAUUAAUCUUACUCUCCUUCCCCCAGCUGGAAUUUUCGUCUUAAUGAGACUUGCAUAAUCAGCCUUCGCAUAAAGAAAGUAAAUUCUGUUUUUAGCAAAGGCAUUUCCUGUAGAGAAAACAGUUGGAGAGAGUGGCAGCAUACCGAUAAGUGACCGACUGAAUGGCACUGCUUAGGUGUGCUGGUUUGAGUUGGAGCUCAAGGAACUGCUCAGGUUGUGGCAUUGACCUGUAGGGGGUGGAGAGAAACCUGGCACAAUAAAUUAUCAUCAGAGUGAUGUUUGUUUUGUCACGAGGGCCAGAAUUCUAGCACUUGUGCCUUCUUUUCUUAAUGAAGAUUCCUGUGGAUCACAUUUGCUUGUAGAAUGAUAUUCUCAGCUUUGUGAAGAGCAGUUUAACCAUCUUCUGGUUUGGUUCGUGGUUGUCUAAAGCAGUAGAAGAGAUCAAGGAAAGACCUGAAUGGUAGCUGAUCAAUAUAGAAUAGGGUGUGAUGGGAAAUGAUAUAAUUAGAUGCAAAGCAGGUCUUCAGGAAGAUAUCACAUAGACAACCUUUUGGUAUAUUUUAAUCUGACAUUUUGAUUUUUAGUGCCUAGAUUUCUUGCAAAAAAACCUUAAUAAGCACAGAUAUAAACAGUCAUUCCUGGAGUCUUCAAAACUGUGCUAGGCUCUACUCAUUCUCUUACAUAAAGGUGUUGCAAUUCAACUGAUCUACCGAUAAAUUCAGGUACAGAAGCAGCUGAUUUCAGUGCUAGCAUGCAUCAGGGAAGUACCCCUUUAGCUUUCCAGUUGUUCUUCACCACUGCUACGUGACUGCACUGCAGUCCCUUUUUGAACAGAUGACUGUUAUGGAGCGAUGGUGGUCUCUUCAGAGCUAAAAUUGUAACUGAGCCUCUGUUAAGUGUGGUUCUGCUGGGGCUCUCACUCCCUUAAUCUCACUGAAAGUAAACCAGUGCACUCCGCAUGGCUCACGUGUGGUCCUGUGGCAGAGGGGAACUAUUUUGGGACCAGGAUGAUAUCUGAAACACUUUGUUAGUGCUGUUUAUUUGAAAAACACUGGAAGAAGCCUUUCUCCCUUUUAGGAUAAGUAUGAUGUCUUUUGAAGAGACAUUUUCAAUACAUUGGGAAAACACCUUAAUAUGAGAUAGCAGGAUGCCUGCAACUUGCCAGGAGGUUAAAGUGAGCAGUUGUCAAUGAAUGGUUUUCAGACAUGAUGGCCGACCAGCCGCCUCCGUUAGAAGCUACGCCUCUAUUGAACGAAGUGCCACUUCUACCUCACAUGGUUAAUGGGGACAGCAUCCAACAGGUUAUUCUUGUGCAGGUGAACCCAGGUGAAACAUUUACAAUUACAACUGAAGAUGGACACAUUCAGUGUAUUCAAGGUCCAGCCCAUGUUCCUAUGAUGUCACCUAAUGGUUCUAUGCCGCCUAUUUUUGUGCCUCCCGGUUACGUAUCUCAGGUGGUGGAAGAAAAUGGAGUUCGCAAAGUGGUGGUGUUGCCACACUCGGCUGAAUUCCAUCCUUCCAUGCAUCCUCCUCCUCAUCCUCCCCCCCACGUGCCCCAUUACAUGCAUCAUCACCAUGCUCUGCUCCCCCACCCCCCACACCCGGUGUACCCCCCCGUCCCUGGGACAGGAGAGCUGCCGCCGCAGUUCAUCCACCAGCAUCCACCACCACACGUUUUCCAGGAGCAAGAACCUCGUUCUCAUGGAAGGACAAACUUUAUUCAGCGAGAUGAAAGGAGUCUCAAAAUGCAAGAGCACCUGAAGAAGAGGCUGAAAGACAGACAAGCGAGCGGUCACACUAACAAUAAGCUCAACAGUCCUCCAUCUUCACCACAUAAAGUUAAUAAUUCUUCCAGUGCAGCAGUUCAGAACGGAAAUGGAAAGGGACAGCAAGGGACAGGAGGGCCGCUAAAGCAGAAGCAGAUAGGAAAAACAAAGGGCAGUCCAGAUGCAGAAAUGGGAGAAUCUGACACGGAAUCCAAGAAGUGUGAUACUCACCUGAGCAUUGGCAAGCCGGUAGUUUCUGAUAUACAAGCAAGAUCAGCCGUUCUGUCCUGGAAUCUCCCAGUUAGUUCACAGAAUGGAGAGAGCCAUAGUCAUAGUCCAGCAGCAUUUACAUUUGAAGUAGCAAUAUCCAACAGUGGUAAAAGUGGAAAAUUUAAAUCUGUCUAUGUUGGGGAGGAAUUAACAAUUACCCUUCCUGAUCUCAGACCAGCAACCGAUUACCAUGCCAGAGUUUCAGCAACCAGCAGUUCCAUAAAGGAAUCUGUUUCAGAAUUAGUGAGUUUCACUACGGAAAGUUGUGAGCCAGAUUGUCCAGCUGCACCGAAGCUAAUUAAUAGAACCAAAAACAGCCUGAGUUUGCAGUGGAAGUCUUCAAAUGACAAUGGUUCCAAAAUAACUAAUUUUCUUUUAGAAUGGGAUGAGGGGAAGAACGGACCCUUCAAAGAAUGCUACUACGGGCACCUGAAGCAGUAUAAGCUCACCAAACUCUCUCCUUCCACAAAAUACUCGCUUAGACUAGCUGCUAAAAACGAUAUUGGAAUGAGUGGGUUUAGUGAGACAGUGACGUACUACACAGCAGGAAUGGUCCCCCCAGCCCCACCACCCCCGGUGCUCGUUGAAGCUGGAGUGACCUGGCUGGCCCUGCAGUGGAGCCCACCCAGCGGAGUGUCCUCAGAGGACUCCCUCACUUACACUCUAGACAUGGAAGAAGAAGGUUCUGGUUAUGGUUUCCAGCCACAGUACAAUGGAGAUGAACUCUCAUGCACUUUAAGAAAUCUUAGAAGGAGUACAUUCUAUAAGUUCAGGCUCUUUGCCUACAACAGCGAAGGAAAAAGCAGUCCAAGUGAGGUAGUGGAACACAGCACCAACCCUGACAAACCUGGGCCACCAAGUAAACCAACUGCAAAGGGGAAGAUCCAUUCACACAGUGUGAAAGUAGCAUGGGAACCACCGAAAGAUAACGGAGGAUCAGACAUUGCUAAAUACUUCUUGGAAAUCUCAGAAGCAGGAAUUGGGAGUAAAUGGGACACCAUCUACAGCGGUUCCCAGAGAGAGCACGUGUGUGAUCAUCUCAAGCCUGGUACUUCAUACAGAAUGAGAGUUCAUUGUGUCAGCAGAGGUGGGGAGAGCCAGGCUUCUGAUAUCCUGACUGUUACGACAUCAGCAGUUCCUCCAGGGCCAUGUCCCCCUCCAUGCCUGGCAGGCAAGGCGAAGCCCAAGGAGAUCACGUUGCAGUGGGGCCCACCACUUGUAGAUGGAGGUUCUGACAUAACAGAAUACAUUAUAGAGAUGGCAAACUCAGAGCAGGAGGAGCGCAGACAGGUGUACCAGGGUGCUGCGCCCGAGUGCACUGUGUGCAACCUGCUCCCUGGGAGAAUGUACUGCUUCUGGCUGCGGGCAGCAAACAGGGUUGGGUUUGGUCCUCACUCGGACAAAGCAGAGAUCUGUACUGCCCCAGGGCCCCCUGAUCAGUGCUGCAAACCUACGAUCACUUGUAAAAACGCAGCUUGUGUUGCAGUUUCCUGGGAGAGUCCUGCGUGCAAUGGUGCAGAAAUCAGUGAAUACAGACUGGAGUGGGGACAGGUGGAAGGAUCAAUGCAUGUCAUUUACACAGGCCCUUGCCAGAGCUAUGAAGUAAAGGGUCUCACACCUGCAACCACGUAUUAUUGUCGUGUACAGGCUGUGAACAUCGCUGGGGUUGGGCUGUUUGGAGAGACUGGAGUGGUGACAACCCCUGCAUCAGUGCCUGCGGCCGUGUCCGUACUGCAGCUGCUGGAGGAAGACCAAAUGGAAGUUCCUCUUCCUUUAUCAACGUGCCUUGCAAUUCAAUGGGAAGAACCGUGUUGUCAUGGGGCGGAGAUCACUGGAUAUAAUAUAGAAUAUGGGGAAAAGCAGCUUGUAACUGUUGGAAGGAAUACAAGCCACAUUCUUGAGAAUCUGCUGCCUGACACUCUGUACAGGGUGAGAAUACAGGCCAUAAACAGCUUUGGAGUUGGUCCUUUCAGUCAUUCCAUUAAAGCCAAAACGAAACCACUACCUCCUGACCCUCCUCACCUUGAAUGUGUGGUCUUCAGCUACCAGAGCCUUAAACUUAAAUGGGGUGAAGGUCCUAGCAGAGCUUUAAUUACCAACCCUACACAGUUCAACUUGCAGAUGGAGGACAGGUUUGGCAGGUUUGUUACAGUUUAUAGUGGUCCGUGUCAUACAUACAAAGUACAGCGGCUCAGUGAAUCCACCACGUACUAUUUCAAAAUCCAGGCAUACAAUGAUGCUGGAGAGGGAGAGUUUUCUGACGUUUACGCUUUCACUACAACCAAGUCUCCCCCUGCAUCUCUUAAAGCACCCAAAGCAAAUCAGCUGGAAGAAAACACUUAUGAAAUCACAUGGGAACCUUUACAGCCAAUGAAAGGAGAUUCCAUUGUUUACAUCCUUCAGCUUGCUGCUGGGAGAGAGUUUGAUCAGGUAUACAAGGGACCAGAGACUUCCUUCCGUCUCACAGGCCUGCAGACAAACUGUGAAUACCGGAUCAGAGUCUGCGCUGGCCGUCAGUCCCAGGACGCUGCUGGAUCCCAAGAACUGUAUGGACCUUACAGCCCCAGUGCAGUGUUCUCAUCUCAGAAGCAGGAGCUGGAGCCGCAGUGUGCCGCCGUGCCGCCGGAGCUGGCAGACAGUAAGAAGACGUUGCAUGAAGAGCGCUUCAUUGCGAUCGUUCUUCUCUGCGGGUUCGCAGUGGUUGCUAUUUUGUUUGCUGUCGUUAUUCAGUACUUUGUGAUCAAGUAGACAGGAACCUACUCAGUGCUCAGCUUUUUGUACAGAAGCUAUUUCGGGUAUUUAUGGUUAGUUCUAAUUGAAAUCCUAGCUGGAAAUGUGUGCAUUUCCGCCCUGCUGCUGGCUGACAGCGAGGCUGGGUCGGCAGAUCCUUUCCAAAUACUGAACACAGAUCUCUUGUAGAAAGGGUAAUCCUUUGUCCUCUGUAAUCAGGGUUAGCUGUUAAGAAAACAGCACAAACUGCCUUAUUGUGCACACCGGUGUGUGUGCACGCUCUCCUCUCUCUGAAUUCACACGAGGCCCUUUGGGCAGCCAGAGAGAGCCGGCGUUAUUAGAACAAGUCCUUUCCAAGUACAGCUAGAGCAGUGGUAGUCCAUCAGGCAUCGUCGCAGUUUGGUAUACGUGACAUACAGCAGCACAAAUGCUUAAGCUUAGAGCAGUACUGUAUUGCAGAACAUUACUAGAGCAUACCACAUUUAAUAUACUGUAGAAGGAAAGCAGAAUAUUGACUUUGACUUAGCGAUAUUACUACUUUACAGUUAUUUUAAUAUUUUGGACUCAGUAAUAAUCAUUUCGAGCGUUUAAAGUAGCGGGUGCCAGCAUUUUUAGGGUUUGAAUCAAGAUGCUUAGACACAAUGUUAGCAGGAUGCCAUGUCCACGCAGCAGCUGCGUUCGGAUGUAACAGUGCAGAAAAGGCCCCUUUGCAUUGCACGCUUGUGAACGCAGUGCUUCCUGCUGGUGGUGAGCAGCUGUUGGCCCAAUCCACAUUUCACUCUCAGUGCCUGAGAGAAAAGUAAUUUCCUGUGCUUCGGAUGAAAUCUUUGCAGCGUUUCCAGAAGAGCACAGGUAUUGUCUUCAAGGAGAAAGAGUGCAUUUAUGAUAAAUGUUACACUAUUUGGCUCAAACUGAGCAAAUGUUUUUUGUACUAUUAUUAACCUAAAAAAUAAAACUUCAGACUGCUUUUGGAUGCCCUUCUUACGUAACCCCAAUGAUCAAAUUGUACGUGAAAGAACUCUUUUUAGCUAACAUUUGUACAAUGUUUUAUCCGACUUGCUAUCCCGGUGGUAGCAGCUUCACAUUCCGUUGUUUCCUAGAUGGGAAUGUUCAGCCUGCUAUGAGCUUCUCUGAGACGUGUCCUGUUUGUCAGGGGGGAUUUUGGGUGGGCACUGUGCACUACAUCUGCCCGUUCUCGUUAGUUCUGCUUGCGAAUACCUACAGAUGAAUCUGACAGCUGUCUUCUCUGUGCCGAAGGGUUUGAAAGCUGGAGCUCGCAAGUUGAGAAAGCGUUUCAGAAUGGGUCUUCCUAACAGCAUGGGAGUAUGGCAUAGAAAGGUCGAGUUAGCGUUAUCACACUAUACCCACCAGAACAAGGCGCCUGUACGUGGAGUGCUGGAUGUGCUAGUGCUGCAGGCCAAGGAUUGCCAGUAAUUAAUCACUUUAAGGGUCUUUCUCCUAUGGCAGUUGGUGAAUAAUGUUGCGUUAUAGUUCGAGGCAUUGUGUUGUAUUUCAGAUGUGGAAAACCUAAAUUAUGACAUAGUAUCGCUUAAUACUCGUAAAAGUAGAUUUAUGGUGCAAUCUGAAAUUAAUCUUUUCAAAACGUACUCUUCAUUUUGUACUCUAUUUAUUUUGAUUAAAAGUCCUGGAAAAAUGUAUGUUUGAAUGUAUUGUUCUACUUGUAGCAGAACUUUAAGUUAAUCAUUUAUUAUAUCAUAGAAAUCUCUCCCUCCGCUUUUGGAAAGAGUUUUAUACAGAUCUUAGCGUCUUUAGUUGGCAGAAGAGUUUACAGUCUGUCUCUGUUCCUCUUUAUAGUCUACUUUUAGCAAAUACGACCGCCUUCAGCAAAUCUCUGUUGCCAAAGGGUUAUUUCUUUUAACUCUUAGAACGAAGUUUGUAGAGGUUAAUUUGCAAUACUAUUUCUGAUGAUUUUUAAAGGUAAAUUAGGAUUGCAAGGUAAAUACUAACAAGGGACGACUCCUAAAAAAGUAAAAGUUCUUCUGUAAUUGCCACAAAGUACUCAGCGUUUCCAGAUGUACCGGAGAGCCUCCCGCAGUGCAGACGGACAUCAGCUCUUAUCCAUUCCAGAACGAUAUACCCUAGUGGCAUUAAUGUGUUAGGUAUCUUCAUUUUUCCUGUAUUGUAAUUUUGAGGUAUCUCUAUGUUAAAGCUGCCAUGCAUUGUAUUACUAAAUUGUAACUAUCAAAUAGAUAAUAUAUUUAAUACAGCCAAUAAAUAAUACGAAUGUAUUCAGAUUUGA